GCUGUUUACGUUUGCUAGAGCCGGUGGUUUGGGGAACCAGAGAAAUGUACUGACGGCUCCGGUAGUACCUGAGCGCGAGCGUUGCGCCUUUUGUCGGUUCAGUAGGGAAUAAAGAAACACUACACGGUGGGACAUGGGGAGAAACGGCGCAAACCACAGCAUACAGACGGUGAGCGAGUAUGAGCCCAUCGGAGAAGAUGAAGAGAGAACACCGCUGUUACCGCAGGGUGUUCAGACUAGAGGUUCAUCCUUCAUGUCUUCUGCCUUUAAUCUGAUGAAUGCCAUCAUGGGCAGUGGCAUCCUGGGUCUCUCGUAUGCCAUGGCCAAUACGGGCACCGUCGGGUUCAGUAUUCUCCUGCUGAUGGUUGCCAGUUUGGCUGCUUACUCUAUCCAUCUCCUGCUGCUCCUCUGUGACAAGACAGGGAUCAACUCCUAUGAAGCUCUUGGUGAAAAAGCCUUCAACAGACCUGGCAAGAUUCUGGUGGCGUGUACUAUUCUUAUUCAGAACAUAGGCGCCAUGUCCAGCUACUUGUUCAUCUUGAAGACUGAAUUGCCUGCUGCCAUCAUUGGCUUCAUGAGCACUGACUCUGAGACUUCUGGAAAAUGGUUUGAGAAUGGCGUUACACUAUUGAUUUUAGUUACUGCAAUUAUAGUACUACCAUUGGCUCUACUUCCAAAGAUUGGUUUCUUGGGCUACACCAGCAGUAUCGCAUUCCUCUUCAUGCUGUUCUUCACUGUAGUGGUGGUGGUGAAAAAAUGGUCCAUUCCUUGCCCGCUGCCAAUUAACUCAACUUUGAGCCUGAGCUUAAAUACCUCUGAGUGCACCGCACAACUGUUUGUGAUCUCUAGUAAGAGCGCGUAUGCCGUCCCAACAAUGGCUUUCUCCUUCCUGUGCCAUACAGCAGUUUUACCCAUUUACUGUGAGUUACACAGACCCACCAAGAGGAGAAUGCAGAGAGUGACGAAUGUCAGCAUCUUUCUUAGUUUUGUGGUAUAUCUGAUCUCAGCCCUAUUUGGAUACCUCACCUUUUAUUCACAUGUUGGCUCAGAGCUGUUGUUAGCAUACAACACCUAUCUUCCUCUGGAUAUUUUGGUGAUGUCAGUUCGCCUCGCAAUUUUAUUGGCUGUCCUGCUUACUGUGCCGCUCAUUCACUUCCCAGCACGUAAAGCAGUGUUGAUGUUGUGCAGAGGAGAGCGGGAGUUCUCUUGGCUCUCUCAUACCCUUUCCUGUUUUUUCAUCCUCACUCUUGUGCUGCUGCUUGCUAUUUUUGUUCCUGACAUUAAGAAUGUGUUUGGUGUGGUGGGUUCUACGACCUCCACAUGUUUGCUGUUUGUGUAUCCAGGAAUGUUUUUCUUGAGAAUCAGUUCUGAGCCAAUCAGAUCGUUCAAUUCAGUCGGGGCGGUCUUUCUGUUGGUGAUUGGUCUGGUUGUGGGUGUGCUGAGUCUGAGUGUCAUCAUUGUCUCCUGGGUUCAAGGUCCUUGACCUUUGACAUCAUCAUUUUGGGAAACACUGCAUGAGUUGUAAGCUUGACUCAUCCUGCCUUGAAGAGAAGCCUUAUUUUACAGGUGAUGCACCAGCCAGACAGUUUACUGGACCAAAUGCUGCUUCAAGAAGAGAAUGUGAAUUAGACAAGGCCGCUGUGCCCUUAUGACACUCCUUGUGUUCUUAUAAUGCUGUUAUGACACUUGAACACCGAAUUGAAACACAAUCAACUUCACAAUAUCAAGCACUAAAAUACAGAAGAAUCUUACUGAACGUCUGAGUGUGACAAUAUUUGACUCAGGCAGUUACUGUGAUCAAUAAAUUAGGAAACUGCAUGGGCAGUUUUUCAGUUACUGAUUGUAAGAUUUUAGAUUUGCACAAACCAUUAAUGAAUUUGAACAUCUUGUCUCAUUUGGGAAAAAAAAAACUUUCAUUAUAUUUUCAGUAUAUUUCUUCUGGAACACAGCAAAACCAAAGAUUAAAACCCAAGUAUUUCCUUCAGUUUUCUAUUUUAAAUGAAGAAAGAAUAAAUGAUAGCAGUUAUUUU